UUGGUCAUUGAAGGACGGAGGCACGGGAGUUCAGACCUCCUAGCUCCCUUCCUUGGUUGGCCCUUCCGGGAGCUGCUCGUUCUCUUGCAGGAAGGGGAAGGGGCCAGAGCUCGGAGGAAGGCGUGGCAGGAAGGGGGGAACUCUGUGGUCAGGGAGCUGCUCACAGCACAGCUGCGCAGUGCCCGCGGAGCGUCAGAUCCCCAGCUCUCGGCCCCUCAGCCCCUGCCCAGGAUGAUCCCAGCAGUGUUCCUGCUCUUACUCCUUUUGGUUGAACAAGCAGAGGCCCUGGGGGAGCCUCAGCUCUGCUAUAUCCUGGAUGCGAUCCUGUUUCUCUACGGUAUUGUCCUCACCCUCCUCUACUGCCGACUCAAGUUGCAGGUGCGAAAGGCAGCUGCAGCCAGUGAGAAAUCCGAUGGCAUUUACACGGGCCUGAGCACCCGGACCCAGGAGACUUACGAGACCCUGAAGCAUGAGAAACCACCACAAUAGCUUUAGAACAGAUGCCCUUCAUCACUUCCUUCUAACACUCUCCUCCCAGCCCUCGUGGUUGGCAUCACACAUGCCUCCCCACCAUUAAUGCCACUUGACCCUACCCCUGUGAUGACACUCUGCCCCCCACUGAUAAUCACCAGUGGUUCCUCCUCCUCAUCAAAGACCUCAGAAGCUCUUCAUUGAUGUUUAUAUUCUAGUCGCACCCCUUUAUGCCACCCUUCCCCUCUUCCCCCCAUCCCCAGGUCCCACUAAACAAUGGGAAGGGACUAACAUCAAUAAAGACACCACAGACUGGA